AUGAUUCCCAUUACUCCUACAAACAUGGUUGGGCAAGAAGUCUGGGCACGAAUGCCAGGCCGUCCAGGCGAGCCCAUGGGAGUCGAAAGCAACGUAGAGUUGAUGGGAUUCGUACUAUCAGAACACUGGCUUUCGAAUCAAAAGGUCUGGAGAUGCAAAGCGUUUGAGUCCCACGGGGUAUGGACUUCUCAUCCAGAGGAAGAAGUGUUGAACAUCAAGUCGAUCCGCAUGCCCCUAUCCAAUGGCGCCCAAUUCAAGUAUCAGCAACAGGUCAGCAUUAGACCUGCCACCGAUCACUGGGUCGUCAAUGGGAAUAUUGUGCCGAAAACCGGCCGUAUCGAGGCUGGCUGGUGCGAGCGGUCUCCGUCUUCAAAUGGGUCGCGACUCAAGUAUUCAUACUGGGUUAGGUGCGAACUCCCAGGAAUGCCUGCAACUUCCAAAUGGUACCAACAAGAGGACCUUGAAUACAGCCUUCCAGUUGCACAAGGAGUUCCGCGAAGCUUCGCUGCCGGAGCCCCCGCCGCGUCUCCUCAGUUCAAGCACUUACUGACUGGAACUAUCAUCACUUCCCCAUCUGAAAGUUCGUCCUUUAUAGAGAGUCCGUAUGGACACCGCCUCACUGCAGCGGGUUAUUUGGGCGGUAACUGGACACUUGCUACCACAGGACAGAAGAUUGCCGACGUGUAUCCUAAUGUAGGCGGGGAUAGCGGUGUACAAGACAUUACAGGAGUUUUGCAUGUAGAUACCCGGAUGACUUGGAAGCUAGACGACGGGAGCUACGUGUGGAUGCAUGCACUCGGUCAAGGUGUAGCGUACGUCUCUGACGACCUGUACAUCGAGCUUGAAACUGAUUCGAAUAAAUACUCUUGGUUAAACAAUAAGUACUUCAUUGGAACCGGGACCUUCAACGGUGCUAUCUGGACUAUCAAAUUGUUUGGGAAAGCCUGA